AGUUCAUGUUCGAGCGCAUUUUGUUCUGCGACCGGCCGCCAUACUCAAACAAAAAGAUUUGAGAUGAAAAGAUAAAUUUAUAUAUAUAUUGGCGUUGUUGAAAGUGUUUAAUUUACUAAAUGAGUUCUAAAUCAGAUGUAAAUAGAAGAGUGCUCGCCAUUCAGGCGAAAAAGAAACGGCAUAAACUCGGUAAAAAGAAAAAUCGCGAGGAGGACCACGGGGCUGGUGUACAAGGAAACGGUCUGCGCAACCAGAAUCAGAAUCGUUUAGAACCUACACAUAGUUCUUCCAAUGAGACGAUCGAGGAGGAUGAGGACGAGCAAUACGCGAGUGACGACGAGGAACAGGAGGACAGCGCCGACUAUUGUAAGGGUGGUUACCAUCCUGUCAAAAUUGGAGACUUGUUCCUGAAUCGGUACCACGUCACUAGAAAACUGGGAUGGGGUCAUUUUUCCACUGUGUGGUUGUGUUGGGAUCUCGUCGACAAGCGUUUCGUCGCAUUGAAAGUCGUAAAAUCGGCUCCUCAUUUUACGGAAACUGCUUUAGACGAAAUAAAAAUACUCAAAGCAGUUCGGGACAGCGAUCCAUCGGAUCCCAAAAGGAAUAAAACCGUUCAGUUGCUUAAUGACUUUAAAAUAACUGGUGUGAAUGGAACCCAUGUGUGCAUGGUGUUUGAAGUUUUGGGUCACCAUCUAUUGAAGUUGAUACUCAAGUCUAAUUAUAGAGGUAUACCACGAGAAAACGUCAAAACAAUCAUACGUCAAGUUCUUGAAGGCUUGGAUUACCUCCACACCAAAUGUAAGAUAAUUCAUACAGAUAUUAAACCUGAAAAUGUAUUGGUUUGUGUUGAUGAAUCUUACAUCCGUAAACUGGCAGCUGAAGCUACUGAAUUACAUUCCUUAGGCUUGAGAUUGCCUCACUCCUUGAUUAGUACUGCACCAAAGGAAUUUCAAGAACAGGUAGUCACUGCUAAAAUGAGUAGAAAUAAAAAGAAAAAGUUAAAGAAGAAAGCUAAGCGUCAGUCAAUGUUACUUAAAAAACAAAUGGAACAGAUUGAGGAAAUGGAAGAACAGAAGAAAGUGGUCAAUAACAGUGAGUCUGCACCCAUGUCACAGGACAAUGAUGAUUCACCUCCAACACCUGAAGAGGCCAGUGUGAUUGAAACAACCCGCUCUGACACUGAAACUAACAUUAAUGGUUGUAAUGAUGAGAGAGCUGAUGAGGAAGCUUUUGACACUGAUGCAGAUGCAGUACAGGUAAGGACUAAGCAAUAUGGCUGUGGAGAUGAUGCAGGAACCCCUAUGUCUGAGGGAGAAAUGACUGAUACUCCACCAUCUUUUAAUUCUCAGUCUACUAAAGGUAAAUCCCUGGAUAAGAAAUUUGAUCCGGCUUUUGAUAUCUGUGACUUAGAAGUAAAGAUUGCAGAUCUAGGUAAUGCUUGUUGGGUCCACCGACAUUUUACUGAAGAUAUACAAACCAGGCAGUAUAGAUCACUGGAAGUUUUGCUAAGUGCCGGCUAUGGGACUUCAGCUGACAUCUGGAGCACUGCCUGUAUGGCUUUUGAGCUGGCUACUGGAGACUAUUUGUUUGAGCCGCAUUCUGGAGAUGGAUAUAGCCGUGAUGAAGACCACCUUGCUCACAUUAUUGAAUUACUAGGUGACAUUCCUAAAAGAAUUGCCGCUUCAGGAAAAUAUUCAAAGGUAUUUUUCAAUAAAAAGGGUGAGUUGAGGAACAUAACAGGCUUAAAACCAUGGGGCUUAGUAUCAGUGUUAACUGAGAAAUAUGAAUGGAGUCAGAAAGAUGCAGAAGAUUUUGCUGAUUUCUUAAAACCCAUGCUUGAUUUUGACCCAAAUCGGCGAGCCACUGCUUAUGAGUGCCUUCAGCACCCAUGGUUAAAACAGGCUGAACCUGAACAAAACGAGUCUGACAAAUAACAUUAUAUUGCUCUCUGAAAUGAAUGAUCAUACAUUCAUGAAAUCAGUAGUGUCAACAUACAAAGUAUUUCAGUCUUAUACAAUUUUAAUAAAAAAGUUUAUUUAUGGAUUUCUUUGUGAAUAAUUUACUUUGUAUCUUAGAUUGUUUUGUUAGCAAUCCUGAAUUGUUGAAAAUAGAAAUUGUGUAUGACUACUUAAUGAAGACAAGUUGUUAAACUUCCAAUACACUUGUCUGACAAUGCUUGGCAGCAGAGUAUAUAAUACAUCAGCUGCUCCACAUGUUUUAUCUGGACAUAAUAUAUAACAAUUGGCAAUAUUAUAAAACAUCUUAAAUUACUCAAACUGAGGUGUACAGAUAAGUUUAGGAAAAAUUGUGAUGUAUGACAUGUAGACAAUAUAGGUUUUGUCACAUUAAUCUUUUAGGUAUUUAGUUGACAUAAUGACAUAGCUCUGCACUUAAAUACAAGAUCCUAGAAGGUGAGGAAACUAAUAUAAUGAAGUCAUGCAUGCAUAGUUAGCCUUUCAGGAAGUAGAAUGUUCACAUAGUUUAAGUUUGUGUUUUAUCACUAUCACAAUAAAAAUCUCAUUAUGUAAACUUAGGAAUAAGACAGUAUUUGUAAUGCCACACCUCCGAGACUGCCUUUUUAUAUUUCGAUGAGUCAUCAAAAUUUAACAAUGGCUGGAUUGAAGCUAUUCGGAGAUGGUAUUAGACAGUGUCCUCUAAACCAGCUGAUAGUAUAAUUAUUUAUCAUAGAUCCCAAUUUACAUGACCAUAAUUUGUAUUAAUUAUAUCUGCAAAUUUACAUGAAUAAAAUGUCCAAACGAGCUUGUUACUAUGUUUA